GUAUAUGAAUAUAGUAGUUUCAAAUUGAUGUUUAUAUUAAGAAAAAUACUUGAAAAGGAAGCAACUGACUGUCCUUGGAAACUCUCUCUCUCUCUCUCUCUCCCCCUCUCCCUCUCCCUCUCUCUCCAGUCUCCCCAACUUGAUGUUUCUUAAAAAAGUAACAUGAUCAUUUUAUAAUAUGCUGCCCCAAAUUCUGUUUUCCAAUUUUCACCUCCCAUGUUCCUAUAUAAACAGUAAACGUUUGGCUUCCUUUUGCUAAUACCUUGUCUUUGAUUAUCACCAUAUUUAUAUUCCAUUCUUUCUAAAACAUCUGGCAAGACUCAUAUAUCCCAAAUCAGUCUAUUAAUCACACCACAUUAACCCGGAUCCUAACCUUGCCCCAAUAUCUCAGCCAAGAAAAAUGGCAUCUAGCCAGCAUUCUUCCUCGCACUCAAAUUUGACCUGGACAGCCAAGAAAAACAAGGUGUUUGAAAAUGCUCUGGCAAUGUACGACAGAGAAACCCCUGACCGAUGGCAUAAGAUAGCCAACGUUGUUGGGGGAACAACUGAAGAGGAAGUAAAGAGGCGAUAUCAGAUCCUUGUUGAGGACAUUGACCGCAUUGAAUCGGGCAAAGUUCCCCUCCCUAAUUACCAGAAAGUUCCAAAUAUCAGCAAAGGAAGCAACAUAAGCAUUACAGAGCAGAGGCUGAAGAAUCUAAAGCUCUAAUGAAGAAUGAUCUCCAGAAGAAAGAGAAAAAAAUGCCUCGAAAGUAGAUCUAGAAAUUAACGAUCAGUGACUGUUAGGCAUUCACUUUUCUCCUUUCUUUAUACUUUUUCUUCCAAG